AAACUCUAUUCAGACAGAUCUUUUGCAAUAAAAAGCGAACACUUAAGAAUCUCAGCAACUCACUUAACUCACGCACAAUCAUGGCGGCUGCGUCAACGAACUCUUUCCUCGUCGGAAACAACAAAACUCAGAUCCCGUCGUUGAAACCCACAUCUCAAUCUCUCCUCCACCUCACCAAACCAAACACCUUCCACCUCCCCGGCAAAAAAACCAAACCCGUCUCCGUCAGAUGCGUCUCCUCACCAACCCAACUCCAAGACGGAUCUUCUAAAUCCAUCCCCACCGGAUCGCAAGACCGCGUCUUCAACUUCGCUGCGGGUCCCGCGACCUUACCAGAGAACGUCCUCCUCAAAGCGCAAACAGAUCUGUACAACUGGCGCGGAUCCGGGAUGAGCGUGAUGGAGAUGAGCCACAGAGGCAAAGAGUUCCUCUCCAUCAUCCAAAAAGCCGAAUCGGAUCUCCGCCAGCUCCUCGAGAUCCCUUCCGAAUAUUCCGUCCUCUUCUUGCAAGGCGGCGCCACGACUCAGUUCGCCGGUUUGCCUCUCAACCUCUGCAAACCGGACGAGACCGUCGAUUUCGUCGUGACCGGUUCGUGGGGAGACAAAGCUGUUAAGGAAGCGAAGAAGUAUUGUGAGACCAACGUGAUCUGGUCGGGGAAAGGUGACAAGUACACAAAGGUUCCGUCUUUCGAUGACCUUGAGCAGAGUUUGGAUGCUAAGUACUUGCAUAUAUGCGCUAACGAGACGAUCCAUGGGGUUGAGUUUAAGGACUAUCCUGUCGUUAGGAACCCUAACGGGUUCUUGGUGGCUGAUAUGUCUUCUAACUUCUGUUCGAAACCGGUUGAUGUGUCUAAGUUCGGUGUGAUCUACGGUGGUGCUCAGAAGAACGUCGGUCCUUCCGGUGUGACGAUUGUGAUCAUUAGAAAAGAUCUGAUCGGUGAAGCUCAGGAGAUCACACCCGUGAUGCUUGACUACAAGAUCCACGACGAGAAUAAGUCGUUGUACAACACGCCUCCUUGCUUCGGGAUUUAUAUGUGCGGUCUCGUGUUCGAGGAUCUGUUGGAGCAAGGUGGGUUGAAGGAAGUGGAGAGGAAGAACGUGAGGAAAGCUGGUUUGCUUUACGACGCUAUCGAGGAGAGCGAGGGGUUUUACAGGUGUCCUGUUGAGAAGUCGGUGAGGUCGUUGAUGAAUGUGCCGUUCACGUUGGAGAGGUCUGAGUUGGAAGGUGAGUUUAUCAAGGAAGCUGCUAAGGAGGGGAUGGUGCAGCUUAAAGGGCAUAGGUCGGUGGGUGGUAUGAGAGCUUCUAUUUACAAUGCUAUGCCUUUGGCUGGUGUUGAGAAGCUUGUUGCUUUCAUGAAAGAUUUUCAGGCAAAACAUGCCUAAGUUUAUCUGUGUUUCUUUUGUUUUGUUUUGCAUUUUGGUUAUGUUUGUUGGGUGAUGAUAAGCUGAUGCUUAUGAUUUGGUUAUAUUUAAUAAUGUAUCAAAAUAUUGGUCAAGUUUGUUAACAACAGAGAUCUGAUAAUCUCAGUUUGUUAACAACAGAGAUCUGAUAAUCUCUUUAUAAGGACUCCUUUCUCUGCAA